AUGUCCAAAUCUUUGGGGAAUGGAGUUGAACCUGAAGAAAUAAUCAAAAAAUAUGGGGCUGAUAGUUUGCGUUUAUUCAUUUUGGAAAAUAAUAUUCUUGAAAAAUUACAAAAAGUCUACUUCAAGCAUGGUGAAAAAUUAGAAACCAGCCUUUUAGCCAAAAAAUUAAUUGAUUUUACUUGGCAAAAAUUAAGCAACGACUAUUUAGAAUUAAUAAAAAUAACUAUUUGGAGCCCAGCAACAAAAAAAACUUUGCUUUAUACUUAUCAACAGAUUUUGUUAUGCUUACACCCUUUUAUUCCUUUUGUUAUAAAAAUGGAAAAAAAUAAAGAAUUUAUUGUCGAUAACUUCCAAUCAUUACUCAAUGAAUGCAAAAGUUUACGAAAAAAAUUAGGCUCGGCUAAUUAUAAUGAGUUGGAGUUCUUCCAAGAAAUUGCCGACGAAGUGCCCAAGACAUUUGCUCUUUUAGAAAAAGAAGACGAGAGAAAGAUUCCAGAAGAUGAUGAUAAACUUCGCGAAUUUAAAAAAAACAACGAACAAUUAAAAAACUUCAUUCAACAAGAAAGAAAAAAACGCGGACUUGCUACUCCAACCAACAAACCAACCAACAAUCAGCCCAACCCUCCCCAAAACAGCCAACAAGUCCAAAACCCCCAAAAAGAAAUCAAUGACCUUAACCAAAAAGUUGCUGAACUCCAAAAUCAAAUUAAAGAAUUAUUAGCCAAGCAAGAGAAAGAACCCUUAGACCAAAAUACUAAACAAGAAAUUCAACAAAAACAGCAACCAACCAAUACUUCCCAACCCAAGAAUGAAUUUAACUGGUUAUAUGUAGUAAUUCCGGGUGCGCGUCGUAGAGAGAAAGAUGAGCAAGAAGCAAGACGUCAAGAGUUGGAAGAGCGAAAGUUGGAACAAGCAAGGAAACAGCAAGAAUUAGCUGAGAAAGUUUAUGACCUUGAGACAGAGAUUGGAAUUGACAGGCUGGUCUUCCAAGACCAAAGAAAAGAAAAAAUCGCUGCGGCUAAAUCGGCAGGAAUAACCGAAGAACUUGAAGAAGCAGAAGCGAAUUUAAUAAUAACUGUUGCUGAGGAGGUGCUCCAUAAGUUUGCCAAAGAGGCAAAAGAAGAAGAUAUUCCUCCUGAACAUUGA